AUGAUAUAUGCCGCUAAGACGGUGGCUAAAGCGUCGCUGAAGUCUAGUAAGACUAAGGAGAAACUACUGGCCGAAAUCAAGAUCCACAAGAGUAUGCACCACCCUAAUAUUGUGCAGUUUGUAGACUGUUUUGAAGACGACGACAAUGUAUAUAUACUGCUAGAGAUUUGUGAGAAUCAAAGUUUAAUGGAGAUGCUACGAGCUCGUAGUAGACUCACUGAGGAAGAGACAAAGUAUUACAUUGUACAAAUUCUAGGAGCAGUUCGUUAUAUGCAUAAACGCAGAGUUCUUCAUAGAGACUUGAAGCUGGGUAACAUAUUUAUUGGCGACAACAUGGAUGUGAAAAUCGGUGAUUUCGGUCUUGCUACUGUUCUUGCAUCGGAUAGUGACAGGAGGAGAACUAUUUGUGGUACCCCCAACUACAUAGCUCCAGAGGUGCUAUUCGGAAAGAAGGUCGGCCAUAGCUAUGAAGCAGACAUCUGGUCCGUGGGUAUUAUUCUGUACACCAUGUUAUUUGGCAAACCGCCAUUUCAAACCAAGGAGAUUGAAGAUAUCUACGAUCGUAUUGCUAAUCUAAGUUAUUCGUUCCCAGAAAAGGUCAAAGUCAGUGAAGAUGCCAAGGACUUGAUAAGAAAACUGCUGGUUACAGAUCCAGUAGAAAGACUGUCAAUUGAAAAGGUCCUUGAACAUCCAUUUUUCGAAUACCAGUUCCCAGCCAUGGUUCCAUCAUUUGCAUUGACCAAGAAACCUAUUUAUGCUGCCAUGACCGAGCAUGAUGCCCGCAAAAACUUUAUUAACUGUCAGGUUCAAGCCAAGAUAAGACUUGCUGAGAGUACAGAGGUUGCUUCAACCGAUGUCAAGCCCAUCAAGAUCGACGAACGAGCUGCUACAAGUGCACAGAACUCACAAACCGAAAAUGGACCUGCUGCUGUACUGCCCACAUCGCUAUCACCUGCGUCUACCAAGGACAAGUAUAAGAUGGUCAUUGUUCCACGAAAGAGUGGACUCGAUCUGAAGCAGCAACAACAGCAGAAACUGAAGCUGACAGGAGAAUACGCCGGAAAGGCUGUUGAAGGAAACAAACAAACUGCUGAGCAGAAUCAGGAUAGAGCAUAUGACCGUCAUUCGGCCAGUCCUCGACCACGAUGGACUCGAGCUGUCACUGCACUUGCUACUGGUAACAGAAACCAGACCGACAAACAAGUUGCUGUCGAGCAACGAGUAACAAGAUCCGCUACCGCACCUCCUAAAACCGGCCAGACCAACACAGCCAGUCGUACCGCCGUGGCAGCAGCAGCUGCAGCAGCAGCAGCACCAGCAGCAUCAGCAGUAUCAGGAAGAACGACUCAUGACGGAAAAUCCAUGCUCUACCGUACACUAAAGACCCUGACAAUAGCAAUCAACAGCUACGAGUCGAAAGAAACACUGGCCCCUGCGCAAUCCAGUCCACGGGUACCGGCGGUGUUUAUCAGCAAAUGGGUCGACUUCUCCGACAAGUACGGCCUGGCAUACCAAACCUCAGAAUCCAAUGACGGUGUAUUAUUUCGCAACGGCACAGUUCUUCUGAUGAACCCGGAAAAUGAGACGUAUCUGAUGCUCGACAAAGACGACACCACUGAGAAACCGUUAGUAUGUAAAUGGACAGGAAAAGCUAUCUACCCCAGUACGGAAAACGCCAGUGAGCACAAAGUGAUUCGACUAAUCAACACGUUCCACCGAUAUAUGCAAGAUCAUUUACAGAAGAGUAACUACGGCAUCCAACGAGCAUCGGACGACCUUUCGGUGAACCCAGUAUUUGUGACCUACUACGAGCGUCAGCCCGAGUACGUGAUGCUGUGCUUGAACAACGGAACUUUCCAAUUCAACUUCCCGGACCACAUGAAACUCAUCGUCUCAAGCGGAGCCAGUCAAAUCGAUCUCAUUGACAACGACCAGCGACUGCACACCUGGAGCAUCCAAGAAGCACUGGCCUUCACCCACCGAGCCCAGCACAAAAAGCUGGUCUCCGACCCGGCUUACACACUUAUCCACAAGCUCGCCAUGUGCCGGACUGCUGUCAAGAAAGAGUACAACAGCCUAUAA